AUGGGACAGCAGAUGGUCAAGGCUGGUGUAAAAUUCCUCUUUGGCCUCGUCAUUGCUUUGAGGAUUAAGGCAUGUACGCUGCUGACAGGGUUGCGCUGCUUCUGGGCUAGAGUGAGCAUUCGUGAAGGAGCCAACCAUUUUGCCCAUCUCCGACAGGGCCAGGUGGAGGUCAAGUGCAAACGGCUGGCAGAGAGAAGCCCAAUGAUGAAGCAACGUGUUAUUCAGAAAGCAAAGCCUCUAGGGUCAAUAAAGCACUAUUUCCUCAUGGACCAAGGGGAUUUCUUUGUCCACUUCAUGGACCUUACGGAAGAGGAGCUGAAAAAGUCUGUAGAUGACAUUAUUCCUACCAGACUAGAAGCCCUGCUGGAACUGGCACUGAGAAUGAGCACGGCCAACACUGACCCAUUUAAAGAUGAUUUGAAGAUUAAUCUAAUGCCACAUGACCUCAUCACUCAGCUGCUGCGGGUUCUGGCUAUUGAAACCAAACAGGAAAAAGCUAUCAUCAAUGCAGAUCCAACAGAGAUUGCUCUUACUGGCCUGGAAGCUUUCUCCUUUGAUUAUGUUGUGAAAUGGCCACUUUCGUUGAUUAUAAAUAGGAAAGCUUUGACUAGGUAUCAAAUGCUCUUCAGACAUAUGUUUUACUGCAAACAUGUGGAACGGCAGCUGUGCAACGUGUGGAUCAGUAAUAAAGUUGCAAAACAGUAUUCAUUACACUCUGCUAAAUGGUUUGCUGCAGCUUUCACUUUGAGACAGCGAAUGCUGAAUUUUGUGCAGAACAUUCAGUAUUACAUGAUGUUUGAGGUUAUGGAGCCAAAUUGGCACAUUAUGGAAAAUAAUCUAAAAUCCGCAUCUAAUAUUGAUGAAGUUUUGAGCUAUCAUACCAGUUUUCUGGACAAUUGUAUGAAGGAUUGUAUGUUGACUAAUACAGUGCUGCUGAAGAUUUUUUCAAAACUUAUGUCCGUGUGUGUCAUGUUUACCAACUGUAUGCAGAGGUUUACUCAAAGCAUAAAGAUUGAUAGUGAGAUGUCACGCCUGACACUGGAACAUGGUACAAUGAAAGGUCCACCAACUCAGUUAGAACGAACUGAAGAGAUUGAAAAGAAGAGGCUCACCAAAAAGUUUGUAGCAGAGCAUGUAGAUGCACUGCAUUCGACAUUUGGAUUUGAGGGUACAAUCAACACAUUUGACAACAAUUUCUCUUCCAAUCUGCUUGACCUGCUGGACAGAUUAAGCAUUUCAAGUACAAAUGACUGCGAGCAUAGUAUGAUCAAUAUAAUAUACAGGUUAGAUUUUAAUGGAUUCUACACUGAACGCCUUGAACACAUGGCUGCAGAAAGGAGCAAACCGCAGGGCCCACAAGGAUUUGUUACAAGAGCAGCUUUGGCUGCUCAGUAAGUUACUGGAAAUGGCCUGUAAAUUUACCAUCAUAAUGAUCAAUAACUGCACGACACAAUCAAUAUCUUGGUGUGUAAUAACUGGCUGCUAGAAAUUCAUACUUAGCCAUGCAAGUUAUCAAAUAUGGAAUCAGAUUAUUUUGAAGCUUUUGUGAAUAAGAUCCAUUUGUUAAUACUACAUUAGUUUGCAACUAGCUGUCAGAAAGAAAAGUAAAAUGGAGUUAUUUCUGUAUUCAGUAUUUCUGAGCUUGGAGGGAUUGGUGUGAAUUCCAACUCCUGAGGAAAUUUGUAACAAAUCAGUAAGCCUUCUCUCUCUUCAGCCCCUUCACGUGACUGUGUUGUUAUUCUAGGCAAGUGCAGUGCACUUGGAGGAAAAGGAAACAAAAAGGGACAAAAAUCAGCCAAGUGGAAGUCAUACUGCCCCUACAGUGCAAGUAGAGGGUGAGCCUGGCUGUGCUGUGAUCCCAUCUGCAGACGUUGUCUGCUACUCACUGAAGAGAUUAACAAGAGAGGAUUGAAAUGAAAAACAGGCGAGAGAGGGCAAUCAGAGAGUAAUGUUUUGAAAUUUCUAACAGUGUUCCGUUGAGUGCAGGAAUGUGUAAAUGAGGUGGUAUUUUUUGUUUCAAAAGCUGAGAAUUUCAGAUUUUUUUUAAAGUCAUAGUGCCUUCAAUCAUUUCACUUUACACCCUGCACUUCAAUUUUUAUUAUUUUUAGUAUAUCUGACUAAGUCUGUAAUAAAUUUUUCAAUAUGAAACACA